AUGUCCGCCCGCCGCCCCGCCGUUAAGGCCAUUAUCUUCGAUGUCGGCGGAGUCUGCGUUCUCUCCCCCAUGCUCGCAAUCCGCUCCUAUGAGAAACGGCACCACAUCCCCUCGGGCUACAUCAACCACGCAAUCGUACAAACCUCCCCCACCGGCGCCUGGCACAAGCUCGAACGUGGUGAGAUCCCCCUCGACACCAACUUCUUCCUCCACUUCACCUCCGACCUCACCAACCCCAGCAUCUGGGCGCACUUUCACACCACCCGCAACCUCAAACCAACCUCGCCGGCGCCCCCACCCAUCGAUGGCGAGUACCUCUUCUGGGAGAUGAUGAAGACGUCGCGCACGUUCGACCCCUACUUCAUCACAGCCAUCCAGCGCCUCAAGGAGACGGGCAGGUACAAGCUCGCGGCGCUCACAAACGACUAUCAGUUCCCCAAGGACCACCCAUACAGCGACAGCCGCGAGCUGCGCUCGCUGUUUGACGUCUAUGUGUCGUCGAGCGAGAGCGGCAUGCGCAAGCCCGAGCGCGGCAUAUACGAGCUGGUGCUGAAGAAGCUCGGGCUCGGGCCCGAGCAGGCCGGCAAGGCGGUGUUCCUCGACGAUAUCGGCAUGAACUUGAAGGCGGCCAAAGCGGUGGGGCUGCGCACGAUCAAGGUGGAGCUUGACGAGACUUGGCGCGCCGUCAGGGAGCUGGAGGAUAUGACGGGGGAGGGGUUGCUGCCGCCAGGGGACCCGCCGAUUGUGGCGGCGUUGGGACAGGAUAGGGCGAGGCUAUAG